CCUUUCCCUCCUCUUCCCCUACACCCACGUUUCCUUUUCUUUUUUCUUUUGUUUGCAUUUCACGCCCUUUUACGCCUCCUUCCUCGUCCUCACGUACCUAGCUGUUGAUAGUCAUCUCUUCUGCGUCACAAUGGCCACCCACAUCGAGCAGCAGCACUUUGAUCACCUCGACCGCCCAAAGUCGCCGGGCUUUUCCAUGGACGCCGUCUCCUCAACUCCGCCUUUCCCCUACGUCGAUGCCUACCAAAGUUUCGACUACCUCCAAUUCCCGCAUUCCCCCUUCAAUGUCGCAAACGUCCCACUUCCAGGUGCUGGAUCGCCUCGCAUUUCAUUUGAUUCGCUGAACAUUGCGGGCGGACUUCCGGACUAUGCCUACUCGUCCGGUGCCUCGUUCACUACGGGAUCACCAGCACGUCCCUUCACUCCGCCGGACAGCAUCUGCCCGCCUGCACUUACGCACUUGAGCAAUGGCGAGCUCUCUUCGGAUAGCAUGCCCUCUUCCAAUGCGGCGCCUACGCGCAAAGUUCGCUCAAACUCAGUCAACAGUGUGAGCUCGCCUGGCUCCGUGCACGGUAACCUUCCAGGGACGCGAGGCCAGCACCGUUUCAACCCAAUUGGUGCUCGCCCGGCCCGCGCAGAGCGCAGGCGCCGUGCCAGCAAGGAUGAUUACGCGAGUGAUGACGACGAAGAGGACUUCACACCCACGUUGAGUGCUUCUGCCAACUCCGAUCAGCGCCGUGAAGAGAUCCGCCGUCAACGCAUUGAGUCGGAACAGCGUCGCCGUGACGAACUCCGUGACGGCUACCGCAGACUCAAGGACGUGCUUCCUGUGUCGAACCAGAAGUCCAGCAAGGUGUCACUUCUGGAUCGAGCGACGACUCACAUCAAAUACCUCGAGAUGACUCAGCAACAGCUCCAGACGAGGCUCAACCAGGCUGAAAUGGAGACGCAGCGCUUACGGUCACUGAACGAGGCUCUCAUGCUCAGCACCGCUGAACGUCAUGGGGCAGUCCUCGCCGCUGCGCAGCAACAGACCGCCUUCUGAGCUCCGCUCUCGCACGAAAGGCUGGUCUUCUCUGCUUGGAGAGGCCAAACGUAAAAGGACCGAGUCCGGCAAUGCUCGGUUUACUUCCGCGGUGUUCUCCUGACCACGGAUCUUCGUUACUCAAUCUGUCAAUGUGAACUUCUGAAAAAUGACUCACGAUGCCUGCUCGGGAUGCAUGGCUACUCACGACCCCGAUUACUUCGUCUUUAUCGCCCUGCAGUUAAUCUAACCUCAUUCUCCGGCAUUCUCUCACGCAUUCGUAUUUCUCGCAUUGGUUUCACGUCUUAUUACGAGCUUUGCAUCCCGUCUUACGACCCAUGGUAGUGCUUCUGCGAUGCACUGUUAUCUGUUGGAUUGUCUGCGUGGCGGCGCCACGCUAAUCGCCGAUUACAUCCUCACGCCCCCUCCGACUUCGUUUGGAUAGCACGAGUCUGGGACGUACGGCCAGGGCUUGUUGCGAGGAGCAACGACACGACGCAAGAGCAGUGCGCGCCUGCUAGAGAUGCGCCGGUCGUCAAUUCUUACGAAUUGAUGCUUAGCGUCUCGCCGCCGCCGCUGUCGACUUUCUUGUUUUUGUACAGUCAGUUUGUCUCCUACGCACGCCCUCGCCAACUUCUCCCGACUGCACCUUUCCGAUACAGGUGCCACCGAUACACCGGUCUUUGCUAAUCCAUAUGUGCCUCUACGGCAUGCCCUCCUUUCUCUAUCGUGACAAUCUAUGGAACCAUUUAUCCUAGACGCAUUUGCUUGCUCAGUUUUGAUUACUUAUUGCAUUGCAUUUUUUAUUGGUUUUAUAUUGAUUGCUGUUUUUUACGCCACGACAUGACUUUUCCACACAAUCCCUCCACUCCGUUGUCUCCCUCCCCCCCCUUUUCCCUUACUCCACUUCCUGUCGCUGGCUGCUUUUAUUGGAGUCUCUUGCCAGUCCUUUUUAUUUCAACUUUCGUGCUGCAAGUCUCCGACCAUCCAGAUAAGCCUAUGUCCGUAUGGCUGUUCGUCGACAACACUUAUCUAAGGCAAAGAGAUGGUUGGUCACCUGCAGAUAGCGCGCGAAUUGGUGUGGCUAGAACAGCCCUCGACAAGCGUCCGUUCACCUUCACACGACACCUCUUCCUCCUUCGUUUCAUUCGCGCCUAUCAUCGUGAUUUUUUCCGGCCAGUAGCCAGCCGAUUGCCGCGCCGCACCGUACGCCCGCGUCCACUACGGUCCUCGCAUCCGCUAGGUCGUGCUGUGGUGGCCAGACCACCGUCUUGCACAUAAUCCGGUGAUGCUUGUUGAUUCUAGUCUGUUCGCCAACCCGUACAUCCGCGCCCCGUCGCCCUCGCCUAUGGAAUUGACGUCAGAUGCUUGGUGGCCCGACUGUUCGGAGUCGAGUCGAAGUGAGCACGAGCGCUGCAUGGCUGUGUGUGCGCCCAGUGUGCCACGCGGACCUCAGUCAGCGUUCGGUUGUGCGAGGGAGCUCGUGCGUUUACGUCGGAUUGCUGUUCCGUGUCCCGGUUCGCGUAACCUGUCUGCAUUUGGUGUAUCCAAUCUUUCUCUGAGCCUUUCCCGAGCGUUGACGUGCGGUACUGUCCGUGCGUAAUGUUGUCUUAUCUUUGGUCGGCUCCACUCCACUGUUGUGUUAAUGCUUUGUGCCACUACAUUCCGUUCUCUCUCAUCUUACCUCUUCAUACGCAAUUGGAUUACGUUCGUUCUCAGAGAGGACAAUGCGACGCCCUGUUAUGUAGAUUAUCUUGUUAUGACUUUAUACCGCCGUUGCGCGGCGCUGGACUACUUUUGCUGCAUCCAUUGACCUUACCACACUCAUCAGUAGUUUACACUGGACUCUGGAUUCAGUUUGCAAUAGUACUUACUAUAGUACUUUGUUUUCGUUAGUCACUAGCACUACUUGUGCAAAGCAAUUGAUUAUAUGUGCUAUGUUU